CCAGGCGCCAUUACCUGUUUUCAGAGUACAGGGGACUCCUUUCUGCAACAUAUUUCCCUAUCUAGUCUUCUCCGCCUGUGGUUAGAACUACAGAGCUGACAACUAUCAGCAGUGUGUUAGUUUAGUACAGUUGGAGAUGGCUGCUAAUAUUGUUGCUGUCUGAACUCGGCGUUGUUCGUAGUUACAAAGUGUUUCCGCCGCAGUUAGAUCGGCUCCAGCUGCUCGGUAAGGGACAGCUUGCAAGCUAACAUUAGCCGAUAGCCUGUGGUAGAUUUACGGGCUUAUAUCCGCUGCUGUCCUGCCAGGUUCGGCCUGGUUUUUUGUUGUUUCUGAACAUCUACAGAAAGGAGAGGAAAAGAAAAGCAGAAGUUGUUGGGGGGUAGGCUGUUUUGUUAGCUAGGCUAACGUAGACGCUUUCUUGUAAACAAAAGCGUCAGCUGCUGACUCCGGAUUAUCGUGAAAGCUUCACAAAAACAGUAUGGCGCAACACGACCCCUCUCAUGUAGCCAGCUCACAAAAAGCACUGAUGUUGGAAAUGAAGAGCCUUCAGGAGGAGCCUGUUGAGGGAUUCAAGAUAACUCUGGUGGACGAGGCUGAUCUGUACAACUGGGAAGUGGCCAUCUUUGGACCACCGAACACUCACUAUGAAGGAGGAUAUUUUAAGGCUCGGAUCAAGUUCCCUACAGACUACCCAUACUCUCCACCUGCUUUCCGCUUCCUCACUAAGAUGUGGCAUCCCAACAUUUAUGAGAAUGGGGAYGUGUGCAUUUCUAUCCUGCACCCACCAGUGGACGACCCGCAGAGUGGAGAGCUGCCUUCAGAAAGAUGGAAUCCCACCCAGAAUGUCCGAACCAUUUUACUAAGCGUGAUCUCGCUGCUGAAUGAGCCCAACACCUUUUCCCCCGCCAACGUGGACGCCUCCGUCAUGUACCGCAAAUGGAGGGACAGCAAAGGCAAGGACCGGGAGUACGUAGAGAUCAUCAGGUAAACGGCUCCCAACGAUUUGGACA